UUUCAAAGUAACGCAACGAGAUGAAUUUUUAAAUCUAAAGUUAAUUAUUGUCCAUCAUUUGUGCACUUAAAAGUUUAAAAUACAUAAGAGAAGUGAGAAAUUGUGAAUAAAAUAUUUAAUUGCAUUAAAAAAUGUCUGAAGCGUCGACAUUGGAUGAUCCAGAACGUAAAACGAAAUUGGAAGAAUUUUACUUUCAAAGGAAAAUCCUUUUUGGUUGUACGUUAAGUCUUUUCUUUGGAUUAAUUUUAUGGAUUAUUGCCAUAUCAACUAAUCGAUGGUUCAUUGUCAGUGGUGGAAAGACUGGGAUAUUUGUAGAAAGUCAUAGACGAUACUUCAAAGCAUCUCAUACAGGUAUCAACAGAAACUGCAGAUACGCAGUCGUUCCACAACCUGUUUCAACAUCUGUUGUCAGAAAUUUCACAACUCUCUCGAUAUCGUCAUUGGAUGACUUAGAAGAAGCCAAAGAAAAAGUCAAACAGGAAGAUUACUUUAAAGACUUCCUGAAAGUUGAUUCACCCGAUAUCAUGUCAAUUGAAUCGAUUGAUGAGAAUUUUCGCAAAUAUUUAUUCGCUCAAUGGAUUCUGAAUAAAGACGAUAAGCCUGAGUUUGCAAAGUUGCGAAACAAACUUCACAGCUUUAUGGAGAAACCUCACAUCAAACAUAAACAAAUGUUAGAUCCAACCAAUUAUGAUCAAGUCAAACACACACUUAAUGAACUAAUCACUGAAGUGGAAGUUAAUAAAACCCAUUCUCUUCAUGUUGUGGUGCCAAACGAUUUACGCUUUGCGUUGUUUGAUGAUUGGGAAGGGAAAGGAUUGGAUUUAGUACACUUGCUGUCAAACUACGCAAAAAGCCUUCGAAUCGAUCCUUCAAUCUACUUGAAAGACACUAAAUUUGUUUUUCAACCUCCGCCGCCUAUAAAAAAAGGUUUCAAUGGAUUUCGUUAUGUUAAAUGGAAACGUUGCGCAUUUCACAAUCUAUUUGCUGACGAGGAUUAUUUAAAAUCUGAUCCAUCUGUCGAUGAAGAAAUGUUGGAUUUAAGUAGAUCUGCUGCGACUUUUGCUAUCAUUACAAUAUUCCUAAUGUCCCUGGGAUUCAUUUUCACCGUUUAUACAUUUUUGAAUCCACGCUACAUGUUCAAACGUUUAGCAGGUGGAAUUCAUUUUAUUGCAGGAGUCACAAGUGCAACGGUUUGCAGAAUUUUACAUGUUUCUGUCGAAUAUGCAAGGGAAUAUCUCUUUUAUGCUUUUCCAGCUGGGGCACAUUACACAUACGGAUUUGGAUUCUACUUUGGUAUUCUUGUCUCAGGCAUUAAUUUCUUCUCCUUCAUCAUGUUUCUCUGGUACUCACGAAAGAAGAAAGGCAACAAAGCUGCUACAGAAGAAUUAGGAAUGGCUGACGAGCAUAUAGAAAUAAGGCGUUAAAUUUGGCUAUUUUCAAUUUUUACAAGUUAUGAAAUUUUAAAGUUGACAUCAAAUAAAGACAAAUUUCGUAAAAGUUUAUAAAAUGUG